UUUUAGUCUGUAUAAAAUGUCGCCCUACACUGCAGUCCGGACGCACAUGUAGUAGUAAAUACAAGCUGUGUACACAUAAAUACUCGCGGUUAUUUCUAUAGGUUUUGCGAUAAUACGGCUUUGUUAAAUGAUUUUAUAUAGUAACGGUGUCUGUUAUAUGAUUUUACGUUCAGUAUCAAGACGCUUAAAUCUGUCAUCUUGCCAAAGAGAAUGUAUCCGAAUGACAACACGUCUGUAUUCCAGGCGAUCUGUAAAGGAGGAUCACAGGAUAAAGAAAGGCUUUGAGAGAAAGCUGCGUUGUGUUUAUGAGCAGUUUGCUGAUGUGCCUGACACCGCUGUGUUCCAGGGACUCCAUCAUGUGUAUACAGUGGAAGACCAUGGAGUAUACAGAGCAAAACAUGGAGAAGAUGCGCAUGAGGUUGAGCCACUACUCAGCGCUGACUGGGCAGGUGAUGCGGACAGGACUAUUCAGAGGGUCAGACUCUCUCCGUCUGAGUCCAUGCUGGCGGCUACACUGAAGAGCAACCACAGUGAAGCAUCUAGGUGCCUGAUAGUUCGAUUAGAACCCUGUGCUAUUCCCCAGGAGCCUAUGCUUAUCCUUGACAACGUGUUUAGCUUUGUGAGCAAUAACGACUGUAUGUCCGGUACAGAGUGGGCCACUGAUGAUGUGUUGUACUACACCACUCAAGAAGGGCUCCGGUGUAGACAUGUUUGUCGACUUCACCUUACAAACACCGGCGCUUACAGCAUGCAGGUUUAUGAAGAAAAAGAUCCUGAGUUCUUCGUAGAGGUCAUUCGUACAAAAGACCAGAGGCUUCUGACUAUAAACUGCAGCAGUAAGAGCAGCUCUGAGGUCUGGAUGAUUGACAGCAGGUCUCCACUGUCGCCACCUAACCUCGUACAGCGUCGGCAGCCUGGUUUGCUUUAUCACGUAGAGCACUAUGACAACCAGCUGUACAUCCUCGCCAACACUGGCCCAAGCCAUGAGUACGAGCUGCUGAGGACCCCUCUGUCCUCUCCAGCCAUGUGCUAUUGGGAGCCUGUAUGCAGCCCUGGACCUGGAGCAGUCAUUAAAGACAUGGAGAUGCUACCAGAUCACUGUGUGUUCAUAGUGAGGGGGCCUCAGGGUCGACUUCAACUGCAGACCUUGCCAUUAAAAACUCUGAAUGAGAUGUGCAUUCACCAUCUCCCGUCCUGGGCCUGUGCCAUAGAGACCGAGCACUCUGGCACACUGAAGAGAAAUGUAUUCCGCUUCCUUCUGUCCUCCCCAGUUCAUCCCCCUCGCCGCUUCCUCUUAUCUCCUACAGAUGAGCGACCCCUCUCCUGUGAGAGAGUGCUUCAACACACUGCCCUCUCUGAGUGUCACACCACCCGCCUGCAGGCCAUCAGCCAGGAUGGGACUGCAGUACCUCUGACACUUUUUCACACAAAAUCAUUGGCUGAUCUGAGUGAUGUUCCACUCUUGGUCCAUGUAUAUGGUGCUUAUGGCGUGGAUCUCAGCAUGGCCUUCAGUCCUGAGAAGAGGCUGCUCCUGGAGGACAACUGGGCUUUGGCCUACUGUCAUGUCAGGGGUGGUGGUGAGUGUGGUCUGGCCUGGCAUCGAGCAGGGUGUUUGCAGCAUAAGCAGAAAGGAGUGGAGGAUCUCACUGCCUGUAUUCAGACUCUCUUUCAGUCAGGAGUGUCUCAGCCUGUACUUACUGCCCUCACUGCACACAGUGCAGGAGCUGUUCUAGCUGGUGCGCUGUGCAACCAACAUCCUCACCUCCUCAGAGCCGUCCUCAUGCAGGCACCUUUUUUGGAUGUUCUUAGCACCAUGCAGGACUCGUCCCUUCCAUUAACAGUGGAGGAGAGAGGGGAGUGGGGUGACCCGCUCGCGUAUACACAGGACUGGAACAACAUUGCCUCUUACUGUCCCUAUCAUAAUAUUACUCCUCAGCUCUAUCCAUCCAUGCUGAUCACUGCGUACUCUGAGGACAGCAGAGUGCCUCUAGCAGGUGUGUUAAAGUAUGUGAAAAAACUCCAGAAGGCCAUCCAGACACAUACCAGGAACCUCAGGACUAAGGGACAUGUCCCAGAUGUCAUUCUGAAUCUUCAGCCAGGUGGAGAUCACUUUGGUCCAGAGGAUUAUGACCAGUCCAUCUGUGAGAUUGCUCGGCAGUUAGCUUUCCUCUACGCAAUGCUGGGACUCCGCCUCCAUGGAUCCAGACCGAACAAAAGAGGAAGUUAUUCAUGAGGAAGAUUUGGCAAAACCUGCUAUUAUUCUAAACUGUGAGCUAAUGUACUUGUGAAUAAAGCAUAUGAAUUAUUUUAA